CUUUUCAGCACAUUGUCCUUGGCCAGAUGCCACAGGAGCCGCUGACCCAGUGACCUCACUUUGCUCUGCUCAGACUGCACUCCUAUCCACGGGGCGCUGAGGCAGGAGGAGGAAAGUGCUGUAAACUCAGUAAGCUCUUGGCCAGUGGGGCCCUAGAGCCCUGCCCAGGCCCCACGGGGUGUGGCCCUGAGUCCAGGAACCCCCGCCCCUCAUGUCCCCUCAACCUCUGUGGUGUUUUAUAAAGCAAAGGGGCCCCGGAAGGAGGCAGGAGGAAGGAGGGGGUCACGCGUGUCAGCCCUGAGCACUGAAACUGCCCCCACAGGUCCUGGAAUCCUCCCUGUAUCCAAGACUGCCUCCGCUUCCGUCAGUGCUCCCCGCGGUCCCCGGUCCUGGGCCUGGAGGGCUGCUUGGGGCAGGCAGCAAUGGCCACUGGGUCUCUGAUCUGCAGCAGGAGACACAGGGAGGCUUGGGCCUCUGAACCCACAUAGAGCAGAACUGCAGCCCCAAGAAAGGGAAGAUUUCAGCAGAGGAGGCCUGUGGCAAGAGAGGUGAGGGCUUGAGGGGCCCCCUGUGGGGCCUGGAGUGUGGAGGCCCAUCGGGGGCCUGGCAGGGACCCCGAACCAAUAGUGAGGUCCUGCAACUGCUGGCGUAAGGUGAGGAGACUCCCAGGUCUAGUAAAGUUCACAGGGGCCUCUGACUCCCCUCCAAGAGGAAGCUGGAGUCACAUGACGCUGUCCUGCCGGGGUCCUGGAGAGAAGGCUCCUUAUCCCACAGUGCGUCCGCCCGCCCUGAAUGUAUAACUUCACGUUCAGAAAUUUGUUACCCCCUCCUCAGACCUCACACAAUUCACAAAUUUCCAAGCAGGAAACAAACUUCUAAGAAAGCAGAACCCCUGAGUCCAGCAGGUCCAGGAGCCCGAGAAGACCUAAGACCUGCCAGAGACGGUGCCCGGCAUCCAGACGUCACUCCACAAAUGGUCGUGUAAGAGAGCAGGAACCACACUUCCCAAGCCUUCGUCACCACCAAAAACAUCAGCUUCCCGGAAACCUGAGCCAUGAUCAAGGAGGAGCACGGUGUGAAGUCAGCCGUGACCCACAUCCGCAGCGAGACCUCCGUGCCCGACCAUGUCAUCUGGUCCCUGUUCAACACCCUCUUCGUGAACCCCUGCUGCCUGGGCUUCAUAGCAUUCGCCUACUCUGUGAAGUCUAGGGACAGGAAGACGGUGGGCGACCUGACUGGAGCCCAGGCCUGUGCCUCCACCGCCAAGUGCCUGAACAUCUGGGCCCUGACUGUGGGUAUCCUUGUGACAAUUGCACUCACCAUCCUUUCACCAGUAGUUCUGUGAUAAUAUUCCAAGCAAUUUCUCAGAUGACAAAGAAUCUCCAAGGCCAGUAGUAGCGCCCAGGUACUCGCCAUCCACUGCUGGUCCUGCCCCCGGAGCCGCGUC